AUCUCGAGUCGAUACUAUUUUAAUCGACGUCUUAUUAUUAAAAUGAAAUUGAUAGAACGUCGACUGGGUGCUGAGGAACGGCCUCUAAUGAAUCAAAUCAACUGGAAGUUCAAUCAACGUGAGGGCCGCUUCAUUUUACGUGACGAGUCCAAGCUCGAUAUGAGGGGCUUCCGCAACCCUCCAAAUGUCGGAGGCAGUAGUAGCAACGUUAACAUGGCAAAGUGGCGAAGCGCGGGUAAUCUCGUGACUGAAACCUCCUCUGUGGAAGCUUAUGCGAGAUCACAAGAUCCCAUCGCCAAUAGCUCUGACGAGCUUGUCUUUGCUAUCGACAAUGGAAAGAAGAAAAAGACGUCGUUAGGAUCGAGUAAAAAGAAGUCCAAGUCUCUGAAGGCUAGUGGUAAUAUGAAGAGGAAGCAGAAGUUGGCAGCUGAGUUUGUGGAUGAUCAAGGAGUUAUGCGAACCUGCUCCUUGCCAAAUGUUCUAGAUGAACCGGAGGCCCUUACGAACGCACACCGUGAAAGCAUUGAUUCACAAGCUAGAGCGCUGAAAAUUUUUCUUCAGUCUGCCAACCUGCCUAACCAUAGCCAAACCCUCAAGACAACUGCUUCAGAGACCUCGUAUCAGAUAAUUCAACGCAUCCUCACCUCAUACGGUCGUCAACAAAACGUCGGGUCCUACUGCCUCGAGCAAGUCAAUAUUCCACCAAAUAGCCUAAGUCUCCCCUAUGGCAUUCCAUCUCGCUGCAUACUUCGACCUGAGGAGAGACCACUACAUAUUUUGCAAAGCAUUCAAGCGAAAUUUCCACAAAUUCGUACAGAAUUUCACCUGGUAUCUCGUCAAAAUGGUAGCAUUUCGCCACAGGAGGAUAAUACGUCGCUGCAACGGGACUACGUCAAUAUUUCAGUGAAGCGACCGACUCCACAACUGGUAGAGGUGAAUCCUGAUGGAUCGGCUAAGUUUGGAAAGGUUCUAAGAUUUAAUCUCACCGGCCUCGUUCAACAAGGAUGUGGGAGACAGAAUGCAGGUGUUCCGAUUAAAGUCGGCUCUCAAUUCGCGUCAGUCGGGCCACCGCCGAAUAUUGUUCUCAGUGCGAAUCGUCUUCCUGACAUCCGUCCGGUGCAUUGCACUCUGCUUCCAGCAUCUUCGGGAGUCGAUGGUGGUAAAGGCGAAAGCACCGGUGCUUCAGUACUCAUUUCUCCCGCUCUCGACAUAACGACAAGACCUCCAGGGCCCACAGCGGUUUGCCUGGACGGUCGAAAGGUAGUACGCCCAACACCCCUCCGACAUGGAUGUAUUGUGCAGUUGGGUCAGUCGCUCUUCCUAAAGUUUCUUGAGCAGGGGGCCUCAUUGGAAAAAACACGACCAAUUCAGGAACAAGCUCCUAAGGGAUCCAUGCCUGACCUCACUUUCCAGGGAGGGUAUAAGGGACGAAGUCCUGAAAAACAAUACAGGAGUCGGACUUCUUUGGCAAGUGGGAAAGUCUUUAAUUCGGAAGUUCAUUUUAAUCAGCCAACCUAUGCUAACACGGAACAGUUGUUUUCUGAUCGACUUCCGAUCCUCGUGGAUGUUCGCCUACCAUCAUCCACUACUUCUACCACCACGGAUGAUUUCGCCGCCUGUCUUCAUGAGGCUGCCUGCGACUCUGUUGAUGCAGUGCUUAAACUGGCGACCAGUCUUUCAUUUCACACCACCUCAGCCACCGCUGCCCCAAUUAAAAGCACAUCCAGGCCUCCUAUCUUUGUUCUUACACCGGGCUUCCUGCUUUAUGGACUCCUCCGUGGAUGCUUGCGGCGGUGGAAGGUUGCCCAACUAACAAGGGAACAACAGGAGCACUAUCUUAGUGGCCUGCUCAAUCAUAUCGGAAGUCAGAUGUUCCAAUGUAUCCAGAGCUGCUGCCAAUGUGAUUCCAGCACAUGGUCCUCAAUGCGUACCACUUUCAAUCAGCUUCUUUUCUGGCUGGCCAAUUCCAGUGAACUUCUUAAUUUCCUACAUAACGAUGUCGACUUUUCUGAGGCUAUUGCCAUUUCUAGCCACAUCCUUGCUAACUGCAUCGAUUCUGCCUUCCAUUCGUUACGUAGAGCCUUUCUAGAUCUCCUAAAGUAUCUUGCACUAAGUCUGCUCUUCCCCGGAGACUAUGAUCAACAAGAUGAUCUGCGUUUGGAUGACAGGCCUCUUCCACCGUCUGAGGACCUUCACCUGUCCAUGUCGUCUGCAAACCUAGAGCCAAACAUUCAGCGUCUCCUUCAAAUCCUCUCUUUUAUGAUGAGGGGGAUGCGUCAGGCGUGUGUAAACGUUUCGUUUGCGCUUCAGCUUUUUGCCCAUGUCUUUCAUUCCAUGGGAUCUUGGAUCUUCAAUUCGAUAGUUCAGACCGAGGAUCAUCAAGGGAGUAGAAAGGGGAGUGUAGGUAGUUUGUGGACGACCAGACUGGGUGCUGGACGUCUGAUGCGACGUCUGCAAAGAGUUAAUCAGUGGGCAUCAAGACAUGGACUGGGGAGCGUCUGUGAGGUGCAUCUCCUUCUCCCUUUUCAGACCUGUCAACUUAUCACCGCAGAUCGCUCUAAGUUCCGCCCAUUUCAAAAGCGGGUACUAGAAUUGCGUUCGUUGAACAGCUCCCGAGUCGAAUGGCUGCUUACGCAUCUUGGUGACCCACCUCCUUUGACUUCGGAUUGGGUCAAAAAUAUUACAAAGAGCGUUAGACAGGAGAUUGAUCGAGAAAUCAUGGAGAAACACGGUUCUCCAUCCAGUCGUGAGACUCGAGAAUUGCUCUCGUUAUUAGCUCCUGUUGAGUUGCCUCUGCCUCUCAUAGUGCCUCCAGAAGGGUAUGUCGCCACUAGUGGUCUAGUUGGAAUUCCUGAGGGUUUUAUGGAGACCGUACAGCCUCUCGUAGAUGACGGGUGUCUUAGUGUGCGGCGAAAUGAGGUGGCUUUUAAGGCGCCGCUGAAUGGAAUGUGGAUUGGACACUUCAAGCAUAGAUCUGACUCGAGGUCGGCCUCCAGUGGGCGUCCGAUGAGCAGGGCUAGCAACGCCCAAGCCGAUCCCAAUAUCGAAAUCCUUGCGAAGGAAGCCAGCGUCAAACUGUCCUCUGUAAAACGUCUUGUUCUUCACAAAAACGGCCAGCCUUUAGGUCUUGGCAUAGUCGCUGCAAAGCCUGAAGGUGAUACACCUUAUGGGAUCUACAUCAGGCACAUAAUUCCAAACAGCGUGGCAGCUCAAGACGGCCGCAUAGAGGUUGGGGAUCAGAUUCUUUCAAUAGCCACUUCCUCUCUUGUCAACUGCGACCAAUCCGAAGCUGCUGUUGCCAUUCUUGCACGUAUUCCAAAUGCAGUCCAUUUAGUGAUAUCCAAACGAGCAGCUCAGACGAGAGGAAUUAUGAAUUUAAUCAAUUCUGCUAAACGAGGGCGACCUCUCCCCACUCCGAUGACCCGUUCCACGUCCUCACUCAACCAGGUCAGUCGUUGGAAUCAGGAGGAGGAGGAGGGAGAUGACGGUGACGACGACGACGAUGAUGAUGAUAGCGUGGAAGGAGUGAAAUUUGGAUCAAAAGUGUCGCUUGGCAACGGUUCUUCACAGAACCGAUCGCAGCAUUCUGUCUACCGACCCAAGAGCGUGGACGGUUUGACCAGCGGUCCGGGGAUGGCUCAGCCUCCCAAGAUUCGGGAGUCUGAAGUCUCCUCUGAGGAUAUCUCUAGUGACGAGGGCAGCGAUGAAGUUUGGCAACCAACAGAGAAGACUCUUAAACCGGUUUCCAAAUAUGGAGAGAGACCACCAUUAGGCGUAAAUCUCUCCUUUCAACCAUCACCGGCCAGUGUCCAGGGCUCCCUUGACAGCUACAAGUUUCGAUCACAGCAGGAUCUCCGAUCCAGCGGGCUAAUGGUACUACCCUCCAGUAAUGACGUUGAAAAUGGGUCAAGUUCCACAGAUUGGAAUGACUUUGCCAAACGCAAUGUCGAGGCGCUUGGUAAUAAGAAAAGUAGUCAUUCCAAGCAGGAUGUCUCGCCAUCAUUAUCGUCUCUGUCCUCGACGUCAUCCAUAAUCACUCAGGAAAUUAAAAAAGAUUUAGCGAGCAUUUCCAAACCUUCCCAAGAAGGCGUCUACACGAAUGCCUCCGAAGUGACCUCGGAAAGUGAAGAUAUUCUAACAAAUGUAAAGCAAAGAAUCCAUUCUGGAACUCUUACUGCCACUGCCGAAAAGACAACUUCUCCGCUGAAUACUUCCCCUGCUAGAAGCGUCACUGACAAGGCGAUGCAAACCAUUACCGAAUCCAACAAUACUAACCAUAGUGCUGAGUCGGCGAAGUCUUCCACAACGGUUCCCCUUCAAGCUUCUGGAGUACAGACAGAACCAGUGCGAGUGGUUCAGGAGAAAGAAGACGCCGCUAGGCAUACACCUCCAUUGGAUAGACAGUCUAUCGUGCGGCAACCAGAAAUUAAAAAUGUCGCAGUCAGACCCAAUUCGCCUCCCACUGGAUGCACUCUGGUGGAGGACGUCACAAAGGCAGUCAUAGAUCCGCAAGUUGGACGUACUAUUAUUCUUUCCCCUUCUUAUCUUAAAUGCAGUUUCCAUCAACAACCAUUGCCGUCAUCAAGAUCUCUUCCAAAGCGGGAAAUUGUGACGUCCUCAUCUUCCACGUCCAAUUUUUGUCCCCCUUAUUCUACUACCAAUAUUAGCACAAGGAUGUUAAACAUCGCUCCAGAACCAAGUACCAUCCAAUCUGGUGUGACCUAUUGGUCCUCUCAGACCAAUGUGGCAAUUUUGGGCGGUUCUCCACCUCCAGAACCAACCGCUAAUUUCCCACAAUACCAUCCGCCAGACAGCCUCAAGCCUUCUGACAUAGCGAUCAAGUACGGCGAUGUGGAGCCUCCUCGGAGUCACAGAUCACCAUCACUUUCGCCAACGAUGCCUUCGUUGAGUGUGUAUGGACCUCCAGCUAGUCACUUUAUCCCGCAGAGAUCAACCAGCCGAGAAAGCUCACCGAUGAGGUUGGAUCUCAUCCAGCGCUCAAGAUCGCUGUCGACAUCCAGUCAUGACUUGCGUACAGACGGUUUGAACCGUGCGUCACAGUCUGAGAUGGCGGAAAGCAAUUCUCGACGUCUGCAGGACUUGGCCCGUGGAAUUCGCCAAUUGGAGGAUGCGGUGGAGGCCAAUCCAAAUGCCGAUUUGAUAAGAGAGUUGGAUCAGCUGCGUGUGGAAUAUCGCUUUCAACUCCAAAUGAACGAAAGGAAUCGGACGCGAUCCUUGAAUACGCCCCACCUGAACUCCUCUAAUGGAAUCGUCUCACCGAAAGCCAUGCCUCCAGUUAUGCCCAAGUCGCGACCGUUCGUACCAAAUAUGAUCGCUACCAAUGAAUCCGUUUCUUCCCAACUGUAUGACGACUUUGCAAAGGAACGCUUGGAGGUACUUCGUUUGCAGGAGCAAAGGGCUCGAAUUUAUGAAGAAAAUCUAGGUCGAAAACAGAACUCCGAUCCCAAGUCUUCCGCCUCUGGCAACCUUCAUUUCUCACCUCCAACCACCUCCGUCCCACCACUGCAACCAAAAUAUACCUACCAAGUGGAGUCGGGUCCACUUUACGAUGGAGAGACUGGUGGGGUCAAAACAUUAGUUGCGCCACGCUACAUCCGAAUCGCUACUCUUCAAUCCUCGGUUGCCUCUUCCUCCUCCUCCUAUGCCGAUGUCCGCGACUCUCUGCUGACACGUGUGCCGGAGUUGCGCUCCAGUAGGAAAUCGGUGACGUUUGACACAAAUCUUGAAUCAGUAGCGCUCUAUUCACCACCUGAAACUCCUUCCGCAUCCGUGGGACAAACUUUCCAACCAUCUACUCAAGCAAAGAGAUUUGCAAUGCGUAUGGACAACCAAUCACCCCUGCGAUGUAGCAAACCGACUACAAAGGAGCCAAGAAGCCCAACCUACGGAUCAAGCGUAACUCAACCAGAAAACGCGGAAAAUCUUUCUUUCAAGGAUAAGAUGGCAUUUUUUGCCAAAGCUAUUGGUGAAGAUAUGCCGAAAGAUCGUUAUAAGGCCUCUCAAAAGGAGCGACAAAUAAUGAACAGUUUGCUGCGCUAA